GUCACUUUGAUUACAGACAAGAUGAAGGUGGAGGGGCUGCAGGAGGACGGGGAGUCCGGCUCGGCGUCCGGACCGGACCGGACCAGCCCCGGCUCGGCAGAACGCUGCAUGUCGCGGCUGCUGAGCGCCGUGGAGAACGAGCUGCAGGCCGGCCGGGAGAAGGGCGACCCGACGGAGAGGGAGCUGAGGGUGACGCUGGAGGACGGGGAGCUGUGGAGGAAGUUCCAGCAAAUCACCAACGAGAUGAUCGUCACCAAGAACGGACGCCGGAUGUUCCCGGUGCUGAAGGUCAGCGUGUCCGGACUGGAUCCCAGCUCCAUGUACUCCUUCCUGCUGGACUUCGUGCCGGCCGACAGCUGCCGCUGGAAGUUCGUGAACGGCGAGUGGGUGGCGGCCGGUCGGGCAGAGGGUCGCGGCGAGGGGCGGGGCCACGGCGGCAUCUACAUCCACCCAGACUCUCCCAACUUUGGAGCCCAUUGGAUGAAGGCAGCCGUGACCUUCAACAAGGUCAAACUGACCAACAAGGUGAACGGAGGAGGACAGAUUAUGCUGAACUCUCUCCAUAAAUACGAGCCUCAGCUCCACAUUGUUUGCGUCGGUUCUCGUCAUCGUCUGGUUUCCAACAUUUCCUUCAAAGAAACUCAGUUCAUCGCCGUCACCGCCUACCAGAACGAAGAGGUACGAAGACUCUGAUUGGCCUCUGAAAUCCAUGAAACGCUCCACCUCAGCGUCAGAUUCAGAACUCUGAACCCAGGGGGGCGGGGCUUACCGGACUCGUCGGAGAGUCGUGUUGGAAUCCAGUCGUGUUGGUCCUUGUGCUCGGCUGGAGGAGGCGGAGCUUUUCCUUACGGCAGCAGCCUCCCGCUGACAUCACAUCAUCACCAUGGUUACAAACACCACGGUUACCCUGGGAGACACACACCUUACCCUACCGCCUACCUGCCGCACCGCUCACACUCCUCAGUGUGUUUGUCUGAAGGUGUCCAGGUUCUGUCCGAUGGUUGGACCAGCUCUUCUCCUCGUCCCGCCUCCUCCUCAUCCUCCACCUCCCUCCCCCUGACCAGCAGCGCUCCUUCCUCACAGGCUCCUCCUCCUCCUCCUCCUCCUCCUCACAGCUCCAGUCAGUAUCCCUGUCUGUGGACGGUUGGCUGCAGUGAGCUAAGCCCCUCCCACUCACCAUGCGCCGCUCUCCAUGGACCAAUCAGCAGUGAGAGCCUCAUGCAGCCCCCCAGUCACGGGCGAGUGGGCGGUGCUGGGUGGCCACCUGGUCCCACCCACUCUUUCUGA